AUCGCCCCCGGGCGGUGCGAGAGACCGGGGUGGCAGGAACCGGCCCGCUAAGGCUUGGGCUCCUUCAGCUCCAAAAUGGGUAAAAAAGUGAAGAAGGAAGUAGAGCCUCCACCCAAGGAUGUGGUAAAGGAUAAAGGAUUGAAGAUUAUCAAGGAUUCUAGUAAUUGCUUAUAAAAGAAGAAUGUAUUAUUAAUGGAGCCCUACAACCAAUAGAGGUAGAGAACAUCUUCGUCAAUGUGUGGAAAAAGGGCAUACAAGUUUGAGCCUUUACUGAUUGAAAGCAAAGCAGCAGCAACAGUUGUACUAAUGCUUGAUUCUCCUGAAGAGGAAGUUUUGGCCAAAGCAUGUGAUGCUAUAUAUAAAUUUGCAUCAAAAGGUGAUGAAAACAAAGUGACACUUCUUGGUCUUGGAGCAGUGGAACGUCUGUAUAAACUCAUCUCGCAUGAAGAUCCAGUUGUACGCAGAAAUGCCAUGAUGGUAUUUGGCAUCAUGGCUUCUAAUCAUGAUGUCAAGAAGUUACUGAGGGAACUGGAUGUCACAAGUUCACUUUUAUCACACCUGGUACCGGAAGAAGAUGUGGUCAUUCAUGAAUUUGCUACUCUGUGUCUGGCACAUAUGGCUGUUGAAUAUACUGCUAAAGUACAAAUAUUUGAGCAAGGUGGAUUAGAACCACUUAUCAAUCUACUAGGUAGUCCUGACCCUGAUGUUACGAAGAAUUCAGUUGAAUGUAUUUAUCUCCUGGUACAGGAUUUUGAAAGCCGUGCUGCUGUUUGUGAACUGAAUGUAAUUCCACCCUUGCUGGAUCUACUGAAAUCUGAAUACCCAGUUAUUCAGUUGCUAGCCCUUAAAACCUUGGAAGUAAUUAGCAAAGACAGAGAAAUGAGGAUAAUACUGGGAGAAAAUCAAGGAUUUGAUUGUCUUCUGAAGAUACUGGAAACCAAUGAAUUCAGUGAUCUACAUGCAGAAGCUCUUGCUGUGCUGGCAAAUUGUCUUGAAGAUGUGCAUACUAUGCAACUGAUUCAGCAGACAGGAGGCCUUAAAAAGCUACUUUCAUUUGUUGGAGUCUCUGCUGUUCCUGAUAUUCAGAAGAAUGCAGCAAAGGCAAUUGCCAAAGCAGCUUAUGAUUCUGAAAACAGAAAAAUCUUAAACGAGGAAGAUGUUGAGAACUGUCUCAUAAAUCUUUUGGAAAUUGAUGAUGAUGAAGUUAAAGUUGCUGCUUCCCAAGCUAUUUCUGCCAUGUGUGAGAAUUUAGCUAGCAAACGUGCAUUUGGACUCCAGGGGAUUCCCCAGCUAGUACAAUUGCUAAGCAGUGAAGAUGAAGAGGUAAAAGAAGCUGCAGUCAUAGCAUUAGCCAAUUUGACAACAGCCAGUCCUAGUAAUGCAAGUGCUGUUGCAGAUGCUGAAGGAAUUGAGCCUUUAGUAAAGACCUUAAACGCUGAGAGACAUGGAGCCAUUGCUAACGCUGCUACAGUGCUAACAAAUAUGGCCAUGCAAGAGCCUUUGCGCUUAAGUAUUCAGAGCCACGGCGUGAUGAGUGUGCUCACAGAACCACUGCGCUCUGCCAGCAGCCAGGUGCAAAGCAGGGCAGCACUCACCGUGGCUGCCUUUGGUUGUGAUGCUAACGCGAGAAGUGAGUUAAGAAAUGCAGGUGGACUGGGACCUCUUGUUGAGCUGCUGCAUUCGAAGAACAAAGAAGUCAGAAGAAAUGCCUGUUGGGCUGUCAUGGUCUGUGCAAGUGAUGAACUAACCGCUGUUGAACUGUGCAGGCUAGGUGCACUAGACAUCCUAGAAGAAAUUAAUCUGUCAACAGGACGCAGAAAUAACUUUAGUGAAGCUGCUCUGGAAAGGCUACUUGAUAAUAAUCUUUCCCAAAAGUACAGCCAAAUGGGAUAUUUAUCAUCAAGUAAUGUCAUUACUGAUGGAUUCUAUGAUUACGGUAAGAUAAAACCUGGCAUGAAAUUUCUAUCUUUGGAAGAACUGAGUAUGCAAGAGCUUACUGACCGUCGGGCCAUAAUCUUCAUUAAUGCUAAGCCACAAGAAGAUGUCCUUUCAGUAGAGGAAAAGCCACAGCAUUUAUCUUAUGAACAGACUACCUCGUCACCUUUUGCUACAAGGAAAAGCAGUAGAGAAAAAGUAAGAAAAGGGAAGGGGAAAAAAGAAGAGGAAAAAAUGAAAGAAGUUGUUGAGAUUAUGUCUGAAGUCCAGGAUGAAAUAAAUCUAGCGGAUGCGCAGUGGCAACCACCACCUGACUUCGUUUUAAUGAAUUAUAUUAAUGAUGCUUCCAAAACAAUUCUACCGCUUACCACUACUCGGGAACAGGUUGUGGCUCUUGCACAGUUUGUUGCAGACAAGAUGGGUGGUGCAAUUGAAAGAGACAAACUGCAUGAUUUCAGCUGGGAGCUUCACAUAAGUGAAAUAGAAUUUGAACUGAAAUCCAACAUUGUGCCUAUUGGGAAAGUCAAAAAAGGAACUUUUUGCCACAGAGCUUUACUUUUCAAGGUGAUAGCAGACAGACUUGGAAUUGGCUGUAGUUUAGUUCGUGGCGAGUAUAACAGAGCUUGGAAUGAAGUUAAAUUGGUUGAUGACUCUCCUCAAGGAGUAUCUGGGCUUCUGCUUCCUCCUCAAGAGUAUAUUGUAGAUCUAAUGUUUGUGCCGGGCUUUCUGAUGAAACAAGAAAGUGCAGAGGCAGAUCAGUACAAAUAUAUUUAAUCACACCCAAAUUUCUCAAAAGUAAGCCUUUUAAGAUGAUUACAUGCUAUUAUUUAUCAAACAAAAGGGGCUUGCAGUCUGGCUGUCAAAAGAAAAAGUGUGUGUUUCUACAGUCAUUUGCUGAAAGAUGUUCUUCAUUUCCUGAGAAUUCACUUUAGAUAUCUGCAGUUGGUAUGUUGUCCUAAACAUCGAAUUAACCAUAUUCUACAUAGCCAACCUCAGUUCUUAGAAAUUAGGGAGGGAGUGGAGGCCGUUAAUGUUGGUACUAUUUUAAGACUAAGAUUAAAAUUUAGUAGAUCAAGAAUAUUCAGUAUAUUGUGCUUAUUAAGUAGGUUUAAAUUAUUUCCAAACUACAUUUUUUCUCUUAUGGUCCUUUAACUCCCAUUCACAAUUACGGGAAUUAUAUGUUCUUGAAGCAAAAAAAUGUGAUGUUUGGUGUCUGGUUGUCCAGAGAUAUGGUUGAUGCCCCAUCCCUAGAGACUUUCAAGGCCUGGCUGGAUCAGGCCCUGGGCAACCUGAUCUAGCUGUGGUGUCCCUGUUCAUUGCAGGGGAGUUGGGCUAGAUAGGACCUUUAAAGGUCCCUUCCAACUCUAAGGAUUCUAUGAGACUAUGAUUUCUAUCUUUCUAAUGAAACCAGCAAAUGAAAUGAAACUAGUGAACCAGCAAAGCAGCAGACUGAAACUGGUGCUGCUGUCAGUGGGAUUUUGAUAUGAGAGGACCUAAUGCUUUGACCCUGCACAUUCCUCUGUGUUUGCUUGUUCUGCAUGUGUGGAGACUGUUGUGGCAAAUAGGAUUCUAUGUGGAUAAGUCCAGGCUUUUUAGACCAGUUUGCUGACUCAGAGACAUUUCUGAGGGGUGCUUCUGGAGCUACACUUAGCUACUGAAAAGGAUUCUUCUGUUUUCCCCAAAGCAGGUGCAGAGGCAGCACAGGUUGCUGGCAGGAGCAGUACCAGUGUUUCCAUGCUUCCCCUCUGUUGCCCUUGGUCCCUGAUCAGUAGGAGCAUCUAGUUUAACUUCCACUUGUUUUAUCUUUAUGUUAGCAAGGGACAACUGCUGUGUAAUCCAUGGAAUUAAUGCAUUUCAAUUAGUUUCUGAUUUUCCAUUACUAAACAGCAGCAACAGCAGAAGACUUCCAGUAUGUCACUCCCUCCAACUCUAUACUCUCUUGCAUUGUAGAAAUUGAACGCUUUCCCCAGUAGAUCUCAGUAACUGAUUAACUCUGGAUCCUGAGAAGGAUCCAGAGCUCAUAGAGAAAAACAGAUGUCUCUUUUCAGAUCCAAGAGGAACUAUUUAAAUGUUUAUAUAUAUAUAUAUAUAUGUAUGUAUAUAUAUAAAACUGGGCUUCAGGCAAAAACAAACAAGUCUUCUGUUAUGAAUAUGGAUUUGGGAUGGUGAUGUAUUAUUUCAUCCAUAGCUCCUCUGCAUGAAUCUGAACCUCUUCUGUUAUAUGGUUCCCUUCUCCAAAAAUCCAGCUUGUUAUCAACACAGUGUCAAAAUGGAGGCUGUGAAGAGGCAGCAGGCUUUUACUGGCUAGUAUGCCAACUCAGUUAAAAUAGAAAAGUGCAUUAAUAUACUCAUUAUAUUCAUAGCUCUUGUGGUGGUUUAUACCUAUUUUCUUCAGAAGACUGAAAAUAAGCAAAAAAUUCCCUAGGCAAUGCAAAGCCCGGAAACAGCAUACAUUGAAACCCCUGUAUAUGCAGUCACAGCAAAGCAGAAGAAUAAAGAAUGGCAAGGGUCUGUCUGCCCAAGUAGCCUAUCUCCAGUGAUGACUGAUAAAGCAAACAUUAAGAACACAGCAUAAAUACAUUUUUACAUUUCCAGAGCAGUUUGCAGUUCAGGGGCUGCACCUUGUGGAGAUGUCACCGAGGGAAGGACCACAGGGCUCUGCUCCAGCACCUUUCCAUGGGCUUUGUGAGACUGCUGUGUGGCUGUGGGGUGUGAUUGUUUCCUGCUCUUCACCAGUAUGGCCAUUAGAGCAGAACUCUGAAGAUAAAUGAAAAGCUCUUUAGACCUCUUAAUGAGCUAAUUAUUUUUCUAUUAUACAAACGCUACCACUGACACUGAAAGAUAUCAGAUAUAUUGGGAUGACUUUACCUGGCCUUCCUUGUCCACUAUCACCAGGCAGAAUUCACACUUCAGAGAGAGGUGGUUCAUGUGCAAUAAUGCCAGAAAUGUGGGGGCAAAGAUGCACACGUGUGUCUUUGACCUAUAAAAAUGUUAUUUGUAGGACAUAGCAGGAACUCAUGUGUUGGAGGCUCAGUGAGCUAGUAAAAGCUUCUCUCUCAUUAAGGAGGGAGCUUAUUUGCAUGCUAAUUAACCAGCCUGCUCUUCCAGCUCAUUGAUGUUGCACUGACAUGCUGAGAUGCCAUCUAUGGAAACUGUGCACAAAGCAGAACCAAAGACAGCUCCUGCUUGAAGCUGAAUAAAUGCUGAGGGACAUUUAUUCAUAUUUAAGGCAAAUGGCAGGCUGGAAGGCCUGACCUCCCCAGACUGGGCAGCCACAGCCGGAGGCCUAUUUUAGGCUAUGAGACAAAAAACAAAACAAAAAAUGCUCUUUAGUAAAAGGCUCUCCUAAAAAGUGCAGCGCUGUUUGGUUCUGCAACAUUUUCUAGCCUUCCUAAAUCUGCCCACUGCUGUCCAUCACUCCCUUGUCUCCGCUGUAGAAAACUGCCAAAUACAACAAACUCCUGUAUGGAUUCCACCCCUUGAGGUGCCAGAACCGUGCAGGUUUCCUUUGGAGCACGGUGCUGCACUGUUGUGGAGCAGGAGCUGCUCCGGGGGAGCCCACCCCCUGCUGAGCAGCGCUGAGCACCAGGGCACAAGGGAGUACCCAGCCCAUAGGUCCUGCUCCCCACUGCUUUGUUCCUCUUUCUCAUGCUGUCUCCAUGAGAUGUCCCUAGACUGUCUCACUGUUUCUGAUAUUCAUUUAUUGUGUUUAACCUAUGUCCUUCUACAAAUGAGCAGCUCUUCCUAGUUAUAAAAGGAUUUAAGGAUUUGGUGGGGAAAAAAAAGAAAACGCCAGAAAGUGUAAUAGCAAUGGAGUGUAUUAAAUUCCUUUUUAAUUUGACUUCUCUGCACAGGAAGCUUUUAGUGACAGAGCUUGAAAGAAGAGUCCUUGAAGGCCAAGUGUCAAAAGGAUAUUCUAGGGUCAAAAGGAUUUUCAAAAUGUCAUUAAUUUUAAUUGGCAUUAGGGAACAAAUUAGAAAGGAUAUAGGUGGAGUUCUGCUCCAUGUCCCAAGAUGGAAGAGAUUUUGUUAAUGACAUCUAAUAUAAAAAGUUGCAAAACUAACAUGUUCUCUGAUAAAUGGGCACCCUUCAGACAGUUUACCCAUGGUAGAUUGCUGCUGUCAUGCAGCCUCUUCUCCCAGGUAACAGCGAUAGGAUGAGAGGUAAUGGCCUGAAGUUGAGCCAGGGGAGGUUCAGGUUGGAUGUUAGGGAAAAUUCCUUAGAAAGAAUGGUGAUGCAUUGGCACAGGCUGCCCAGGGAAGUGGUGGAGUCACUGUCCCUGGAGGUGUUGAAGAACUGCGUAGAUGUGGCACUGAGGGACGUGGUUAGUGGGCAUGGUUGGGUUGGGUUGGGGUUGGACUAGAUGACCUUAGUGGUCUUUUCCAACCCUGAUGGUUCUAUGAUUCUGUGAUUCUGUCCAUGAAUCCCUCAGGCAAUCCUUCUGGUCAGAACAACCUCUCACACUGCUCCACUCUCCGACACAGUUCUUUUUUCCCAAAUAACAUAUGCAUUUGAGGAAAUCACAGUCUGUUUCUAGAUAACUGGAAAAAAAAAAUCUCCCAAAGCCCAAGGCCAGACAACUCAUUCUGAGAUACUCCUGUCUUCCUGACCCAUGUGCUGUGCAUUUGUCCUUCUCGUAGAGUGGUUCCUGGGCAGCAAUGACGGGCGCUCAGCCCCUGCUCUCCCGAACCAGCAGCACUAAGGUGGAGACAAACAAGAAGCACAAAGCCAAGGAAUGGCUCCAUGCGUCUUCAGUGAGCAAAGGGGUGGGUUUCACUGUGAACUGGAGGAAAUGCAGAGUUUUAGGGUAUUUUUCAGCAGCAUAGUUUUGUGCUUCCCCAUUAGAAAAUGCAUUACAAAUACGUCUUUUGGGGCUCAUCUGAGAGAGAAGGAAAGAAGGUUUGUUACAGCACUUAUGCGAAUCCCAGAUUUAUCAAUACAUCCAAAUGAAUGAGUGGGAAUGAAGUCUGUUCUCGUAAGCCCCGUUCCUCAGGAGCUGCCACUCACUGGGGAGGAGGAGAGCUGCUGUUGGGGAACGCAGCCCACUGGAGGGAGGAGCAGGGUACCCUGCUCCUCAAUCAUUUCUAUUUUACUUUUUUAUGAUACAAUCGUGAAUUAGUUCUUUCUGCAUUUGUAAUUAGAGGGUAGAACAGAUGGUCAGGGCUUAGUUCAGGGUGAUAAAUCCAUUUAGAUAACCUACAGGAAGCUGCCGCUGUGGCAGUUGCCAAAUAAUCACUCGAUGUUUUGUUCAGGCUUUAGAUGCUGUGUGGAAGGAGAAGCAGCACGGUUCUUCACUGCCUGAGCUACAAGGGGUGCAAAACCACACACGCGGCUGUGGGGAAUGUGUUAUUCCUGCCCAUGUGGCUCAAGAAGGGUGAGAGGGAAUGGCCUCAAGUUACGCCAGGGGUGGUUCAGGUUGGAUAUUAGGAGAAUCUUCUCUGAAAGAGUGGUCAGGUGCUGGAACGGGCUGCCCAGGGAGGUGGUGGAGUCACUGUCCCUGGGGGUGUUCAAGAAAAGGGUACAUGUAGUGUGGCAAUUGAGGCACAGAGUCCAUUGCUAGUGCAGAACGAAGACCCUUUAUUGUACGUGCUUACAACAUUUUAUACCACGUAACAACCCCUUGGUCGCAUAUCCUAAGGUCUUUUGUUAGUCAAAGUGGGGGAUUAGUCUUUGUUUUCCCACAGUGUAGUACUAAGGGACAUGGUUUAGUGGGCAAUACUGCUGGUAGGUGGACAGUUGGACUAGACUUAUCUUAGAGGUCUUUUCCAAUCUUCAUGAUUCUAUGAUUCUAUGAAAAAAGAAGCCUAAGCAUGGAUUUGGGUUUGCAGAAGGAUGUUCAUAUGAUUUCUGCACUUCAGAGCUCCCUGCCUGGCUGCAUGGUGACACUCCAUUUGUCCCCAGGGCUGGCAGCCGAGGCAGAGCUGGGCUGGGACAUGAUCAGGGCCACAAUGAACAUGAGCACGCUGUGCACCCCCUUAAGAAUACUCUGAGCUUUUUGGGAGAGACCCAUCCCUCAGUGCAGUGUGUCCGUGCACCAGAGUCAGAAGGCAUUUGUAGCAAUAAGCCAGCUGAAUCACAGUUCGGGGAGAACUGACUUUAAAUUUUACAUACUGUAGCUAGGGGAGACUUUCAGCUGCUUCCCCUUGUGCGUAAUGGGAAAAAAAAAGGUAAAAUUAAGUAACAGCUUAAUUGGCUUUAUAACAGUCUGCGGGGGGAAGUGCAGGCCUGUUCGCUGCCUAGCUACAAAGCAUGGUGUGUGCUGUAACCAGGGGAGGCCAUAUUACUAGCAAGAUGGGACAGUGAUUUUUUUUCAGCGAGGUCAGAAAAACAAAAUACCUCCAUUUGUGGGCUGCUUUCUGCCUGGGAAGGAAUUGCCAAGUGGCUGGAAGGUGGCAGGUCAAGCUCUGGGUGGAGACGGGGCUGGAGGCAGCUGAGGAGCUGCUGCUCUGCUGCCUCCUCUCACCUGCACCCUGCCCAGCGAGCAGGGCUGGCAGCCAGCAGGGUGCAGGGGCAGCGAUGGGCCCUGCAGUGAUGGGCCCUGCAGAAGAUGACACAGCUCUGACUGCAAGAUCUCAAAUGUGAAAUGGGGAUGUUGGCAUUAGCUGGACCUGCGUGUCCCACCUUCGUGCUCACUGUGAUCAACGAGCAGCUGGCAACAUUCUGGGCAGUAAAGAGGAGGGUGAUGCCAGGGCUGAUGAGCGUGUGCCUUCUGCUCCUGCUGCUGCCCUGCUUGCACGGCCCAUGUACUGCAAUGCCAUGUGGAGCACAAGGAAGAGGGCACAGCAACAGAUCUGCCUUGUUUCAUUUCUCACUGUAAGGAAGAUACUGACAGUCCAUUUUUUAUUGAAUUUUGUCUUAAAAAAUCCAACCAGCAGUUAAAUCAAUGUCAAUUACAUUAAAACACACACGUUUCAAGACUAAUCACUUUCUCUUACCCUUCUUCAUUUCCCGGUACCUAAGGCAGAGCCACGCUGACCUGCCUGCUGGGGGCUGGGGACAGGGCCAGUGGCAGAGAGGUGCAGAUAGCACAACACCUUCGCAAUUACUCGAUCAAUAUAGCAAAGAGCAAUGCUUGUAAUGUGCAUUUAAGAGACCAAAAGCAUGAGCAUUUCUGCAUGCUGACACUGGCCUUGCUCUCCAUAAAACCAAUCCAUAACAGCCACAGAUAAAUGUCUCGACAGGAUUUUUUUCCCUGGCACCAAUUAGUGUGCACACUACAUCUUCUGGCUGCAGCACGAAUUCAGUUGUAAUCUGACAGUGGUGAGAGGUGACUGAUGUCACCUCUCCAGCUCACAGCUUUGGAUGCCCUGCUCCAUGUACUGCUAAUUAUAGAGCCAGCUCCAGUAGUGCAUGGGAGCUUCGGUGCACUGCUUCAUGGGACAGUGUGGAGGGGAAGGAGGGAAGGGGCAGGAUCCAUCCUGCUGAUCUUCGGUAGCCUGUGAAUGAGUAUUAAUUCCAAGGGUUUUCAAGAGGUUAUGUGCCCGGCCUGUGGUAUCCAGGGAUCAGGACUGUCUUUCUAUAACCAAUGGAAGAUACAAGCUAGGUAAAAAACCUGACUCAUGGGCAAUUCUAUGUUACAAGAGCAAAAGGAGCAGAGCCAGCAAGCUGUCCUGGUUUCAGCUGGAACAUAGGUGAAUUUCUUCGUGAUAUCUGGUAUGAUGCUAUGUUUUGGCUUUAGAAGAAAAACAACGUUGAUAAGACAUGGAUGUUUUGGUUGUUGCUGAGCAGUGCUGUAUGGAGCCAAGGAUGUUUCAGUUUCUCAGCUUCUCAUGCUGUCCUGCCAGUGAGGGGCUGGGGGGCACAAGGAGCUGGGAGGGGAUGGAACCAAGACAGCUGACCUGAACUGGCCAAAGCGAUAUUCCAUACCAUAUGACAAUAUGAAGAAACUAUAAAACUGAGGGGAGUUGGCUGGGGGUAGCUGCUGCUCCGGGUCUGGCUGGGCAUCGUUUGGCAGGUGGUGAACAAUUGGGCUAUGCAUCACUUGUUUUGCAUAUACAUGUAUGUAUAUAUUAUCAUUGCCGUUAUUUCUCUCUUCCUUUUCUAAGUAAAUAAUUUUUACCUCAGCCUAUGAGUUCUACCUUUCUUUCUUCUGAUUCUCUCCCCCAUCCCACUGGGAGUGGGGCUGUGAGUGAACAACUGUGUGGUGCUGAGCCACCUGCCAGUUUAAACCACAACAGCCCUUGCGGUGUCUUGAACUCAAUAGUGCCAUCAUUCUCAGUCUUCAGGAACCUUACUCUACUCCAGGCAAGCUAAAAUUGUUGAAAUUUUUUAAUAUAAAGACACUAUUCAAAAAUACCGUUCAGAAAUCUCUGUCUGAGGGUGGCAAAAUAUGUGGGAGGAUAUGGGGGGUUAUCUGUCAUGACUGUCACCUUCAAUGGGUCUGGAACGCACCCCUGAGCAAGUGCGGAAUCCUAAAAAGCAGACAGAAUGUUUCAGAAAGAUAGUCCCUGAUCCUGGCAAUGCCAAAGAGUUAUAGCUUGCUGCACUGUUCAUCAUCUGAAGGGCCGAGGAGUAAUCAGCAAAACUCACCCUUUAGCAGUCCCACGAGGCCAGUGCAAAAUUCCAAAGGAGAGUGGGGGCUAGCAGUGGGUUACCAUAGCCUGAAUGAAGUCAUGCCUCCACUGAGUGCUGCCAUGCUGGACAUGCUAGAACUUCAAUAUGAACUGGAACCAAAGGCAGCCAAGCGAUAUGGCCCAGGGUGCUGCAGGGAGCGUGGGUGCUCAGCAUGCUGCAUGGGAUGAACUGUGCGAGCUGUGUCCAAGCCCUUGUCUGCACAACCAGGGCGCUCAUUUCAGAUCACACACUGAGGAGGAGAUUCCCUCUGCAGAGCCACUUGGGAACUGUGGAACCCUGUACCAGGGGUUUGGUCCUUGGGAUCCUGAGUGUUUUGUAAGUUCCUCAGAGGUGGUGACUCCAGCACUGAAAUCUGGGUGGUUUGUGUCUGACUGGUCUCCCAAGUUUCUGGGGCAGGAGGAAGUCUUUGCUAUUAAUCCAAGGGCAUCCCUCCUUUAUUUCUUUAGGCUGCUAAUAUAUAUUCUUCAAAGCCCCACUGGGAAGCCCUCUUUUUGUGAUUUUUCCCCUGUUUUGAAUCUGAUUCCUACACGCUUGAUCCAGAUGGUGAGCUUUUAAAGACCUACAUUAUCAACUUAUCCUUUUUCUUCUGGGAUCUAUCUGAAGAACAUGGAACUGGGAACACACUGCUGUGUGUGCAAUGCACACUGCCCAUGUAACAUCCCUUAGAUCUCUCAGGAUCCUGGCCACAUCCUAACUGUGCCAAGAGGAGCUGUGUCUGCUCAUGGGAGGAAAGGAAAGCAGAGUUAGCAGAGAGGAGCAGUCCCUUGGUGCUGGAGUGCUACCCGCGAGAUUUCCAGGGUGCUACAGGUGCAUGCUGUGCCUUUUCCUCACUGUUGAAGGUCUCCAGCAGCCAGCAGUUGUUGCACCAGGGUCUGCAUAUUUCUCCAGCUGCACUCGCUGCUCUCUCUGGCUGACAAUAGUUCUCCAUUUAAGAGGUCCCCAAGCUACAGACUGCCACAAAACCUGUGUGUCUCUGCUGGGUAUCACUGCAUGCUCGCUCUAGUUUUGUGUUUCCCAUAGCCACGUCCUGGUGCUCAGCGCCUUUCCUCUGCCUCGGCACAGCUCUUAAUGUUCUCAUUGCUGCCUUCCUUGUACCAGAGCUUGAGACCUCGCCACCCCUCCUCCUUCUUGGUCCCUAAAUUAAAUACCACUGUUUUUGCCUUUUUAGCUGCAUCUACUGUUAAGAACCUGUCUGCGAAUGACUGCUCCAUUAACCUCUGUGCUCUUUACAAUACUGUAUAUUUUGCAACUUCAUUAAAAUCUGAGUAAAAGGAAA